AUGCCACCGAAGAAAAGACAAAAGAAAUCUGCUGGAUCAAAUGAUAAUAAAGAUAGCAGUGAUAGUAGUAAAAAUGAGAAGAAUACAAGUGAAGGGAUCCAAGAAAUCAAAGAGCCUCAAAAGAUCGAGUUAAGUGAAUCGGACACUAAUAUAUUGAAUUAUCUCAAUGAACAAUAUCGACCAUACUCUUUAAAUGAUAUAUACUUAAAUUUACAAAGCUUGAAUAGUAAGAGUAAAAGCAGCAAGAUAUCAAAGGGAAAUGUGGUGAAAGGACUAGAAAAACUAAGCAGUUGCAAGAAAAUCAUAGCCAAGAGUUAUGGGAAACAAACAUUUUAUGUUUGCUUGCAACAAGAAAAUAAAUCUGAGAAGAAAAGUGGUGCUGAUGAAAUCAGUGAUGGAAAGAGAGAUGCUAGGGAUUAUACAAUAGAAGAUAUAAACCGAAUCAAGAAAGAAAUAGGUGAGUUGGAGAACAAAUUUAAAACUUUAAAUGGCGAAUACAGUUUGAUUAUCAGUGAAACCAAUAAUGAACAGUUGGUGAAUAAUUUCUUUUCGUUUCAACAAAGGAUUAAAGAUGUGGACUUUAAAAUAAAAAGGUAUCGUGAUGAAUUUGAUGAGAAAAGAGACACUAUCAACAAUAAGAAUGAAAACAAAAAAGAAGAAUUGAGAAAGUUAGAAGUUAUUUAUGAAAGAGAGUUUAAAUUGAGAUUUAAAAUUUAUAAAGAAUUUAUAUACGUGAUGAAAGAAAACUUAAGUAAAGUGGAUGAAUUGUUGGAAACAAUAGGAUGCGAACCAAUCAAUUCGUUCUAA